CGAUGGCGGAAGAAGGCACCGUCGUCUUCUGCCUGCUACUGUGGAAGCGGCGCCGCUUUCAAUGCGUCCUCUGUGUGGCUGUCCUGCCAUGUUUACAAUUCUCCUACUACUGUCGUGUUUCGCAGCAGCAGCCGCAUCCGCAGGCGAUUCUCUGUGGGCGUCGCCGCCGCCUGUUCGCUGUGCGGGACCUAACUGUAGCCGCUCUGCCUCGCAAAGUGUUCACGACAGCAGUGCCACGUUGUCGACUACGCCGGAGCUGGCGGUGCUGAACCACAGAUCUGACAGCACUUUCUCAGCACUAGGGUCCGGUACGAGGGACGCUGCCAAGACGCUGCGCAGUCUCCACCACGGGAAACUGGGUGGCGGCAAACGGAGCAGUAUGCCGUCAGUCCCCACGUCUUUCGUAAUACACGACCAGUUCCGCGGAGAGACAUCAACUGCAGGUCACCACCAAACACCGUCAACAUCUGGUGUCUUCAGUUCAGCAUCUGAUGUCGUCAGUGGUGAACACCUCUCCGAUAAGUUGGAGACUUAUUUCUCGAGGAAACACGUCGAAAAAGUCGCGGUGAAGUAUGUAAGUGAUGAAGCAUCGACUGUCUCACCUGUUUACUCGCAGAGAAGCAACCACGAGAGACAAGUUUCGAAGGCUGGUCUUGUAAACAAGCUGUACACGGAUGUAACUCUGAACGGACGUCAUUGGUCGGAACGGCUAGGUUACAGAACCAGUCCCAAGCAGAACAAGCAGACGUCAUCGCAACAGGGAAACGUUUCUACCCACAAGUCGUCCGAUUCGGACAACAGGCCGUCCGGCGAAGCUUUACGUAAGAGAUUCUGGAAAGAUUACAAUAACAUGGCUCCCGCCGGAGAACUGGCACAGACGGUGAAAGAACACCCUCUGACACUGACAUCUGUUAGCAAUGACGUCAUCAGUCUAGGACACAGUGACGCAGCCAGAAAAGAGCAACCUGAAAGUGAGUCGCCACAUUCAUCGGCGAGAAAACUGGGAAUCAGUCCCCAGAAUGCAAACGUGCCAUCUCUUCCACAACCUACUGCGUCUGCUCUACAGCCGUUCCGAAUCAGCGUCGAGGGACAGCUUUCGGGGAGUUAUCGACCAUCGGUAAUUCCUAACACACAUGAGCGAAUAGACCAGGGCGAAACAGCGGCCUCAGAGUCAGAAGAUAUUAGUACUGACGCCACAACGCUUCCGUCAACAAGUUUAAAUGAAGAUGUCUUAGGCCAAAUCGAUGAUGGAGGAAUCGAACCUCCGGAUCUCCUGGAGCAGAAAGAGGAAAUAGAAGAGUCAAUUGCCAGGGAUGCUACACUCAUAAUCGUGUUCGGUUGUCUUGCUGUGGCGAGUCUCGUAAUGUGGAGAAUUAUCAGGUGCAUCACUAUCCAUAAAAUAAAACAAUAUGAAAAGAAAUUGGAGGCAGAGAAAGCUACUACUGUCUGAAAAGUUGAUUAAUUGAGUCAUACUACAAAGAUCACGAGAGUAAUCUGUGUAUUCCAAGUACGCAACAAGAAAAAGAGGGGUCCUAUUUCAAGGUUUAGUCAGUACUGCAGUAAUCUGAAAUGUGUUUCGGUUUUGGAAACGGUUAUUUUCAGCGUUUAUGAUUUUUAUGUUAUUUUUGCGUUAAAUGCAAUUCUUUGUCUCAUUCGUGUAGCAGUAUUGGAAGAAACGGAAAGUUAGGAAACAAGACAUUUGGACAGCGUUACACACAGUAAACUGAAAAUGUUCUAGUGGCAUGCUUAAACUUUAAUGCUGGAAGGAUGCCGUCUAAUUCUCUGAUGUUCCUUCUGUAGAUCUGAUAUACGAUUUUCAAUUUGGAAAUUUGUGAUUUUAAGAAAAUGAUUUCUGUGAAAUCGUUACAUUAUUUACUUAUAUCUUGCUGUGCAAUCACAAUUCGCUACAAUUACGCCAUUUUCACU